GCCCCGGGGGCCCCGCCGUGGCCGAGGCCAUGUUCCCCGUGUUCCCUUGCACGCUGCUGGCCCCCCCCUUCCCCGUGCUGGGCCUGGACUCCCGGGGGGUGGGCGGCCUCAUGAACUCCUUCCCGCCACCUCAGGGUCACGCCCAGAACCCCCUGCAGGUCGGGGCUGAGCUCCAGUCCCGCUUCUUUGCCUCCCAGGGCUGCGCCCAGAGUCCAUUCCAGGCCGCGCCGGCGCCCCCACCCACGCCCCAGGCCCCGGCGGCCGAGCCCCUCCAGGUGGACUUGCUCCCGGUCCUUGCCGCCGCCCAGGAGUCCGCCGCGGCCGCGGCUGCCGCUGCCGCUGCCGCCGCCGCCGCCGCCGUUGCUGCUGCGCCCCCGGCCCCGGCCGCCGCCUCCACUGUGGACACAGCGGCUCUGAAGCAGCCCCCGGCGCCUCCUCCGCCGCCCCCGCCGGUGUCGGCGCCCGCCGCCGAGGCCGCGCCCCCUGUCUCUGCCGCCACUAUCGCCGCAGCCGCGGCCACCGCCGUCGUUGCCCCAACCUCGACGGUCGCCGUGGCCCCGGUCGCAUCUGCCUUGGAGAAGAAGACAAAGAGCAAGGGGCCCUACAUCUGCGCCUUGUGCGCCAAGGAGUUCAAGAACGGCUACAACCUCCGAAGGCACGAGGCCAUCCACACCGGAGCCAAAGCCGGCCGGGUCCCCUCGGGUGCUAUGAAGAUGCCCACCAUGGUGCCCCUAAGCCUCUUGAGCGUGCCCCAACUGAGCGGAGCUGGCGGGGGAGGGGGAGAGGCGGGUGCCGGCGGCGGAGCGGCCGCAGUGGCCGCCGGCGGCGUGGUGACCACGACCGCCUCGGGAAAGCGCAUCCGGAAGAACCACGCCUGCGAGAUGUGCGGCAAGGCCUUCCGCGACGUGUACCACCUGAACCGACACAAGCUGUCGCACUCGGACGAGAAGCCCUACCAGUGCCCGGUGUGCCAGCAGCGCUUCAAGCGCAAGGACCGCAUGAGCUACCACGUGCGCUCACAUGACGGCGCUGUGCACAAGCCCUACAACUGCUCCCACUGUGGCAAGAGCUUCUCCCGGCCGGAUCACCUCAACAGUCACGUCAGACAAGUGCACUCAACAGAACGGCCCUUCAAAUGUGAGAAAUGUGAGGCAGCUUUUGCUACGAAGGAUCGUCUGCGAGCCCACACAGUACGACACGAGGAGAAGGUGCCAUGUCAUGUGUGUGGCAAGAUGUUGAGCUCGGCUUAUAUUUCGGACCACAUGAAGGUGCACAGCCAGGGUCCUCACCAUGUCUGUGAGCUCUGCAACAAAGGCUUCACCACGGCAGCAUACCUGCGCAUCCACGCGGUGAAGGACCAUGGGCUCCAGGCCCCGCGGGCUGACCGCAUCCUGUGCAAGCUGUGCAGCGUGCACUGCAAGACCCCUGCCCAGCUGGCCGGCCACAUGCAGACCCAUCUGGGGGGGGCCGCCCCCCCUGUCCCGGGAGAUGCCCCCCAGCCACAGCCCACCUGCUGAGGGGGACCCCGCACCCACCAGGUACAGGUGAGGUCUGUCCAAUGGCAGGUGAGGUCUGUCCAAUGGCGGCAGCGGCAGCGGCAGCGGCGGCGGCGGCAGCAGCAGCAGUGGCAGCCCCACCCACAGCCGUGGGCUCCCUCUCGGGGGCCGA